AUGGAAGAGCAUACCCAACCUGAGCCCGUGGAAACCCGUCCUGAGCAAGAGGCUAGUAUGGGUCAUAUGACGUUGGAGAUGACCCGUGCGUUUGAGCAAAUGAGAAAGUAUUACAAGCAAAUGGGGGCAAUAGCACUACUGCCACAGGGACAACCACAGAACGUUGGAAAAGGGAUGUUUGAGGCUGCCCAAAGAGUGGAUGGUAGUCAGGCUAAGCUUCGAAACUUCCACAAUCAGAAGCGGUCUAAUACAAAUGCGUGGCUGAAACCUAGAGGAAAUAUUCCUCCAAGACGAUCAGGAAUUCUUCCAGGAAAACGAAUGGGUCCUCCCAAACCAACUGACAGAGUCCAACCUGGAUCAAACUCGGUGCCAACCUGUUUGUUCUGCCGUAAAGCUGGGCAACUUGAGAAGGACUGCUUGUUUAAACAACAAGGGUGUUUUGCUUGCGGGAGUACUGAACAUUAUGCUCGUGAAUGCCCAAAUAUUCGUGAUAAAUCAGGACCGAGUUCUCAAGCUGGAGCUGCCCCACUCCCACAGAAGCCCGAAGGGGAGGCUCGUAAACCCUGA